AUGCCCUCAAACUUAUUAAAAGUUAUUCACCCUCGUAAAAGAAAAAGAUUGACACUGAGAGCUAGUGUUGAUGAACAAGAAGAGAAAAAGAGUUCGGAGAAACGAAGCUUUCUCACCCUAGAAGAAGCUGGUCUUGUUGAAAUGUCGGGUUUAAGCAGUCAUGAAGGGUUUUUAUGUCGAUUGACGAUAUCGUCGCUAAAUCUUUUGAGGGUGAUAGGAGAGCAAGAAGGGUGUAGUAUUGAGGAACUGAACGCAGGGAAAGUGUUGCACGCAAAGAAAACCAGAACAAGGGAAAAAAAGUGGGAGGGAACUGUGGGUUUUUUUAAAUGGUAUGACGAAGAAUAUGAAGGAGAAUCAAGCAUGACAUCUCACUCAAACCUGCCAUAUGGAGUAGUAGAUGAUGAAAAGGCAUUGCUAGAAGUUAUUGUAGGAUUGCUUGCUUGCUUUUAUCUUGGUUAUUAUGUUGACAAUAGUGGUCUUGAAGAUGUAGUUGUUUUGUAG